AUGGAAAAGAAACAACAAGAAGAACGUAAAGAACAUUCAUAUAUACGAAAACCACAUAAAGUAGAAUGGACAAAACAACAUGAAACGAGAGAAAGUUUUAAUUAUACAAGUCCUUUAUCUCCAAUAAGAAAUGGUGACUAUGAUCAUACAGGAAAUUGGAAAAGGCAUAGGAGUACACCGCUCUCAGUUGAGCAAAGGCGACAUGCUGUAAUUGGUUAUGAUCAUAAAAGAAAUAAUUCUUCUGAUAAUAGAUGGAAUAACCAUGACCAAGCUUUUUCGGAUAAAAUGAUUGAUACAAAUUUUGGAAAAAAAAAUCAUAAAAUGAAUUAUCAACGAACUGAACCAAUAUCACCUAUCGUGAAUGCGUAUGUUAACCCUAUCAUUAAUUCAAAUGCUAAACCUAUCUUAAAUGCAUAUGCAAACUAUGUUGUGAGUGCUGAACCUAUGCCUAUGUCGAAUGUUAAUGCAAAUGCAAACCUUAUUAUAAAUGAUGAAUAUAUGGUGAAUGUUAAUGCAAAUACAAACCCUAUCGUGGAUGCAAAAAUUAAGCAUCAAGAUGCUCAAUAUUUACAAACGGAUCCAAUAUUACCCGAUUCGAAAAAAAAUGUUGAUCAAAAUGAAGAUACCAGUAUUAAAUCUGAAGAUGAUCAAGAUUCCCAAAUUUUACCCGGCACUUGCCCAACAUGUGAAAGUCCGAUUGACGAGGUUGGAUAUUAUAUUCAUUGGUGUUCAACAUGUCAAGCAAAAAUUUUUGAAAUGAAAUUCGGUUCGUGGUCAAGUGGUAAUGAUGAUAUAGAUAUGUUUAUUCUAGAAACCCAACUUUCUUCUCCAAGUCGAUUUGAUUAUUUAGAAUGGAUACCUUUCGCUAAAUUUAAAGAAGUUCGAUUCAUUGGAUCUGGAGGUUAUGGAAAUGUUUAUCAAGCUAUUUGGCUUGAUGGUCCACGCGAAAAAUGGGAUGCUAAAACUGCUCGAUAUGUUAGACGCAACAAACAACAUGUUGUAUUAAGAUCAUUUAAUAAUUUGGGUAUUGGUCCGAAAUUUUUUGAUGAGUUUUCUAAAUUCUUAACCUCUGAAAAUAAUAGUGGUGCUUAUGUAUGCCGAUACUAUGGAAUAACACAAGAUCCUUUCACAAAUAACUAUAUGAUUGUUGGUCAAUAUGCGCGUGAUGGUGAUUUAAGAAAGUACUGUAAACAAAAUCCUGAAUCUAUAACAUGGAAAAAAAAAUUAGACAUCUUAUAUGGUGUUGCUAUAGAAUUUGAUUAUGAAAUUCCAGAAUGUUAUAGCAACCUAAUAGAACGUUGUUUGGAUCUUGAUCAAUUGAAUCGACCUACUGCAGAAGAACUUUAUUGGACACUCGGAGAAUGGUUGUGUAUGGUAAACAUUCCCGGUUCUGAUAUUGCUGAACAAUUCAACGAAGCUGAUAAAAGCUUGCCGAAUAGUUCUCCGUUUUCGGAUGAAACUAAUCCGGAAGCUGUGUACACUAGUAGUCGGUACAAUUUCGAAAGUCUUGAAAUGCCGACUAUAAUAUUUACAAAGACUAAUAAUCGGAGUGAACGAUUGGCUGUACGACAGUAUAUGGCAAAUGAAACUAAACUUUGUAAUACUAAAUAUCAGAUGAUAUGUGCUGAAAACUCGGACAUCGCUGCUGAAGUUUAUGAAAUAUUGGCAUAUUGGUGA